AUGUUACCCAUUCCCGAAAGACGCGAAAGAUGUCGCGAGAACAAUCCCCCGACCCUCCUCAUUUUGAGUGGUAUUAGCGAGUGUCGGAAUGAGAUCUUGAGAGACGCAAAGUGGUGGCUAACCAGCGUGCAACCACCUGUCAACAUAGUCAUUACCAUGUAUCUCGAUUUGCGGCCCCGGACCAUUGCAAUUGAAGUCUGGAAGCUUCUAACUUCCAGGGAAGACCAUAGUUGCAGUCGUGACUGCAAUCGUCUCUGUUCUAAAAUUGCUUUGAAGGUCAUUUUAACACCCGUGGACGACACGAACAAUUACCGCGCAUCUCGUGAUCUUACCCUGUCAUUCAGAGAUAUAGUGCUCCGCAAACCACCGGUCGGAGAGGAGGAGAUUGUCUUUUCGAAACAGGACCUGGAGGACUGGACUAAGUCGAUCUUUGAAAGAAUCGACAGAAGCGCAUAG